UACCUGCCGGCUGCGGGAGCCCGCGACCGGAAGAGGGAGCGCGCGAUGGAGCUGCGGCGCCUCUGGCUGCUCUGCUGCUGCUGCUGCUGUCCCGGCGCCGCCCCGGCCCCGCCGAGCGGCCGCAACCCGCCCGCCGCCUUCCGGGAAAGUCUUAAUAGACAUCGAUACUUGAAUUCUGUAUUUCCUGGUGGAAACUCCACUGCCGUCUAUGGAAUAAAUCAGUUUUCUUAUUUGUUCCCUGAAGAGUUUAAAGCUAUUUAUUUACGAAGCAGACCUUCCAGUUUUCCCCGGUUUCUGGCGGACGCGCACACAUCCAUCUCCAACGUGUCUUUGCCGUUAAGAUUUGACUGGAGGGACAAGCACGUCGUCACCCCAGUGAGGAACCAGCAGACAUGCGGUGGAUGCUGGGCCUUCACCGUGGUAGGAGCAGUGGAGUCCGCGUGCGCCAUAAAAGGGCAGCCUCUGGAGGCACUGAGUGUCCAGCAGGUCAUAGACUGUUCAUACAGCAACUACGGCUGCAACGGAGGGUCCCCGCUCAACGCUUUGAACUGGCUCAAUAAGAUGCAGGUGAAGCUGGUGAGAGAUUCAGAAUACCCGUUUAAAGCCCAGAAUGGCCUGUGCCGUUACUUCUCUGACUCACAUUCUGGAUUUUCAAUCAAAGGUUAUUCUGCCUAUGACUUCCGUGACCAAGAAGACGAAAUGGCAAAAGCACUGUUUACCUUGGGCCCUCUGAUAGUGGUAGUAGAUGCCGUGAGCUGGCAAGAUUAUCUGGGAGGCAUCAUACAGCAUCAUUGCUCUAGCGGAGAAGCAAAUCACGCCGUUCUGGUAACCGGCUUUGAUAAAACAGGAAGUACCCCGUACUGGAUUGUGAGGAACUCCUGGGGAACUUCCUGGGGCAUAGACGGCUGUGUCCACGUAAAAAUGGGAGGAAACAUUUGUGCCCUGGCAGGGUUGCUGCAAGGACGUGAUCCGGAUGCUGGUUCAGCAUCACUGCAUCCCCACCUCUUCCCAGCCCCCAGCUACAAAGGGUGAGUCGAGAUCAUCUUUGCCCUGUACCCGUUUCCCAGUUUAAGUCUCCAAGGCCUGCCUGGUUCGUCAUUAUACAGGAAUCCAGAUCCUUUCUGAAAGGGAGUAUUUCCUGAAAGUUACAUCCCUGGGAUGGUCACAUUACUCACGACCAGCUGCGGAAGGCGGGUAGCAUUCCGUGGCCCCAAGAGAUUUCAAAGACACAGCUAAUCACAGAGGAAUCCAGUCUUCAAAUAGGAUGUUUGAUCACUUCCGCCACGACAUUCUGAUCUGCGACCGCAGAGCACGCUGGUGAUUUAUUGAAAUGUUGUUGAAGUUCAAAUCUUAGAAUUUAAAUUUUCAAAUUGUGUUUAAAAUAAUCCUAUAAAUUCUCGUAUUGCCUCUAAGCAAUAUGUAUGAGUGCGAUACAGAUUUCAGAUACAUUCACCUGUUCAGUUCAUAAGUCGUUUGGGGAUUUUUAAUAGUUUCUUGAAAUAAAAACAUUAGGUAUCUCGUCUAAUAUCUGCGUGUGAGGUUGCCAUGUCGCUAUGGACAGGUAGCUAUCACCAGUGAGUGAUUUUCUUAGUAGAUAUUAACUCUUCCCGAACCCAAAUGAAAAUUGUUUUAAUUUGCUAUUUAAAAGGCAUAUAAGGAGGAAAUAGAGUAGUACUGAUCGUUUCCUUUUUCUCAGGUAUUGCAGAAUCUGUUUCUGCUGUAUUCGUGUGAUAUGUUCGCCAGAUCAAGAGACAGAUACAAAACCGAAGGCUCAUGAUGAGAUGUGAUACUUCAUUCUUGGCAUUUUCACCUUUAGGCUUUUGCAACUACCCACAAAAGACAGGCUCUAGGGCCUGGUCCUGCUGAAACUAUUGAUAAGUUGUAGAAUGUUCUCUUCUUAGAGAGAGAUGGACAAGGUCAGAAGGAAGAAAACCAGCACCAUGGCCUGGGAGGAAGUCUGUGGGACAGUUUCCUACUGGGAGGACGGUCAGAUUAGGAGAUAUUUUAGGUCUCUUCACUCUGAAAAGGCUAUUGUCUGGUUUGUUUGAUCAUUGUUUCUGUUUGCCGUUUCUUUAUUUUUAAUGACGUAUUUCCAAUCGGAUUAAAGAGGUGAUAAGAAUCCCUUUUCCUUUAUGGGAUAAAAUCACCAGCCCAAGCUGCCCUGCAUACAAGAACAGCCAGCCUAGAACUAGGUGUGCCCCUCGCAGUUGUAUUCCCAGCCCUCCAGGAUGGAAUUUCAAAGGAAUGUUGAAAGGCCAGUUGCUCUUCCCCAGCACAUGGUGCUGACCCGUGACCUGAGCAGAUCAUGUAGAAAGAAGCAAAGAGACAAAGUUACUUUUUAAGGCAGACAGCUAGCCUGAUUGAAACUAAAUGACCAAUAUGGCAACCAAGUGAUAGGAAAAUCUCAAGUAGCCUUGCCUGGAAGACAAAUUAUUUGGGGGUUUCACGGCCCGGAGGGUUCCAGUAGGUUUUAUCUCCUCCUUUGUUCUUGCGGAUUGAGGAGCGGUGUGUCUUCUCACAUUUUCUCACUCUUUCCCUUACUCUUGGCCGUGAAACUUCUAAAUCCUCCUGGUGGUGCGGCUUCCCUGGCGAAAGAAGUCUCAUUGUUUACUUUCCGUUUCAAUUUAGGGCCAUUUAUUCGGCUCCAGUUGUCUCUAAGCCUUUAUCAGCAUCAGGACCUCACCUGUCUGUCCGCCCAUCAUUUGGACGCACCACCUCUUUCAAAAUUCAACCUCAUUAAUCUGGGGUAUCAGCCAAAAUGUGUUUCCCAGCCUCUGUUGUCCCAAUUUUCUGCUUAUUUUUCCCAGACUCCAUCCUAACUACUUUUUCGUGCAUCCCUUUGGCUUUCCACGUGGUCCCUGGUCCUCGAGGUCCAUCUCCUCUUUCGCAGGGUCAUUAUGCUUGGCCGUGUAAGAGCCUCAGAGCAUGAAAGCUGCUCUUCUGAUUGAAUCGUAUUGUGUGAGUUAAAUGACAAAAUUGUAUCAGGUACUAAGUAUGUAAGUAUCUCCUCUCUCAAAUUCACGGUCGCGGUCCAGUGUAGACUAUCUUAAAAGCAAAAUUGUAGAGGCGGCAAUAACCACUGAAAAAAAUUGAGACAUCCCAUUUUUCCUCUCACUGUUGGCCUUUAUUUAUCACUCUCCUUAUUAGAAGAAAAUCAAAAACAAGACACCAUUUCUUUUCCUUACACCAACAGGAAGCAAUUUCAAAAGAGUAUGUGUUGACUCAGGUUUAGAAAUGACAAGUUGAUAUUCUGUUUGACUAAUAUUCUAAAUAUCCAGCUAUGCCAGAAAGGACUUGUGUCUUGAUUGUUCUAGUUCGUGUUCAUGUACUAAUUCCUGUAACGUAUGAACGCUUUUCUGAUACUCUUUUACAAAGAUAAAUAUCCUCCUGAAUUACAAAGUGAUGAAUACCUCUCGGCUCUUCUGGAUUUUGACAACAUUUAUAAUAAAACAACCUGUAUCUGACUUUGGGUUAAGAAGACUCUG